AGAGAUUUCCGGAAAAUCCCUGACGUCAUAGUCGCCAUCCUAAUAUUUUACUAUCUGAAUAAUAUAGUUAUCACUAGUUUUAGUACAAAUCGGUUGAUGCUAUAGGAUAAUCGAUUGCGAGAAGAAAGAUAAAGCCAGCUGGGGCUUUAUAAGUACACCGAUUUUCAUUUGUUAAUGAUAAAUUGAACUAGUUCCAAUGGGUUCUGAAUUAGAAGCGAAUGAGCGGACGAGUCUUAUGUCAGAAUAUACUGACGAACAGGACGAAGCUAUUGAAGAUUCUGAUAAAAAACCUCCCGAGAACGGUAAUGUUCGUUUCGCUGCUAUGGAAAUAGAAAAUGACGAAGAUGAAUUGGUAAAGAAGGUGAGAAAAAGGGUGGAUUGUUGUGCUUACCUACUGUUGUCUUUACCCGUUUUACAAAGUUAACUUGGCUUCUUUCUUCUUCUUUUUUUCACAUAUAACGCUCUUUUAACGAAACAGUAUUUUUUACGAGAAUGCUUUAUUUAUUAAUUGUUCGCAGAUGCGGCGGAGAGAGCAGAGAAGGGAGCAGAAUCAAACUCUAACAACUGACAAUGCUCUUAUGAUUGGCGCACAAAAUAUAAUUCGACUCUUCGUACCAGUAACAAUAUGUAUGAUAAUAGUGGUUGCUACUGUUUCGUCGGUCACUUAUUAUGCAGAAAACAAAAGUAAUGUUCGUCUAAUAUACACGCCCCUCGAAGAAACCGGUACCAGCGGAGCAAAACGAUUUGGAAUAUCAUUAGGAAAUACAAUGAUAUUUCUAUCCUUAAUAAUUGUCAUGUCCAUAAUAUUAAUACUCCUAUAUAAGUUCGAGUGUUAUAGAUUUAUUCAUGCGUGGUUAGUUCUGUCGUCCCUUCUCCUUUUGUUUAUAUUUGUUUACGUUUACUUGGGCCAAGUAUUAGAAAGAUAUAAUAUUCCAUUAGAUUAUGUCACAACUAUUCUAUUUGUUUGGAAUUUUGGGGUCUUGGGAAUGUGUUGUAUACACUGGAAGGGACCUUUACGCAUUCAACAAAUGUAUCAUAUUGUUAUAUCGGCUCUGAUGGCUCUUGUCUUUAUAAGAUAUCUACCCGAGUGGACAUCUUGGGUUCUUUUGGCAUUGAUAUCAAUAUGGGAUUUAAUAGCUGUCCUUUGUCCGUUUGGACCUCUUAGAAUUCUAGUAGAAACUUCUCAAGAGCGAAAUGAUACACUGAUGCCUGGUUUAAUCUAUUCUUCAACGAUGAUUUGGUUCGUGAAUAUGGCUGAUAUUGAAAAUAAUCCAAGUGUUGAGGGAUCUGAGAAUCAUUUAAUUGCUGAAAGAGAAAACCCUGCUCGUCAAGCAGCAGCCGCUCUCGGAUCUUCCCAAAAGGAAAGAAAGAGAAACUCCGUAUCAUCUCUUGAAACAGGAGAAAGAGGAGUCAAAUUAGGUUUGGGUGACUUUAUAUUCUACAGCCUACUAGUAGGUAAGGCUUCUUCUUAUGGAGAUUGGAAUACGACUCUUUCAUGCUUUGUUGCUAUUCUAAUUGGUCUCUGUUUAACUCUACUACUCCUGGCCAUUUUCAGGAAGGCACUACCAGCUCUACCAAUAUCAGUUUGCUUUGGAUUAGUAUUCUACUUUGCAACUAGUCAACUUGUUCGACCAUUCAUAUCUCGAUUAUCUUAUAAACAAAUAUUUAUUUGA